CGCGACCAUUGUUAAAAGCAGCCGAAGACGCAGCCUUCACCAUCAUCACCUUCAUUUACUAUUUAUCGAGGGCUAGAGAGAAUAGUACCUCCUUGCAAGCUGGAGUACUGAGAGAUCUGCAGGCGCCUAUUUGUUUCUACUGCUAUCAAAUCCUCAAUUGGGCCUCCAGGCUUAAUGGAUCGAUGUAGAAGUGGGUUGUCUUCGUGAUGAAUACCGACAUCUACGCUGUCUAAGGCUGUGUUUUGUGCAUCUUUGGCUUUGUUUGUUUUUUUGUCAAUCUGAUCUACAGCAUUCCUUUCAUUCUUCAGGGUUUCCCUCAGGUACUGGUAUCAACAUCUUGCCGAUCGACGAUCGUAUCCGUCGCUUUACUCGUCCCUGUGUGUCGUUGUUGCGUUGAAUGCUGGGCGUGUCCUUGGCUCUCUUUUUUUUACGGUUCUAUCUUUAUGCGUGUUGCUGAUGUGUCGAUCGAAAAAAAAAGAGAGAAAAGGCCUGCUCCGAUGGCUCUUCAGCUGUUAGACCAGCACACAGUAGCUCCCUCAGUCUCGACCCUCCUCUUUCUUGAUAGUAAACUGUCAUUCGUCUGUGUAUUACACCAUUCUGUGCAAUUGGGCAGUCUAUCCCACAGGAGGCAACGCGCUGCAUUGCCUCCUGCGAUCAGUAUCUGCAAUGGUCCCCCAGUAAGGGCCCCAGGGAUGUGUUUUGUGUCGAAGGAUGGGUGUGGGGUAAGAGGGGCGAAGGGGAUAUCUGCCUGUGUAAACUGUAUCUGCUGGAGAACACUUGCCCUCAUGGAGUGUACAGUGGGAAGUGCCUAAUCCGAAUCCUGUUUCUGAUCCCUGAUCCCGGUGCAUGGUACUCAUCUCGCUUGGCGAUCACUUAAUCCUCAACCUGCCAUCUUGGUAUUUCCCUUCCUCCCUCUGCUGUCUCUUGGGGCUGUAUCUGUUUGCAGCUGUGGAGCAGUAGCCUUAUAUCU